ACACCGUGGACGUCAUAUUAACGCAAGAAAAGUGCAAUAGAGUGCCGCGACAGUAUGAUUGUUCUGUUCGGUGCAUUAAAUCCCCUUCUUUUCUUGAUUGUCUUCGGACUGUAUCCAUCAUCGACGAUUGGUCCAAAGGAGGGAUGGCAGGUGUACAGUUCUGCUCAGGAUGCAGAUGGACGCUGCAUCUGCACUGUGGUCGCACCAGAACAAAACCUCUGCUCCAGGGAUGCCAAGAGCAGACAGCUCCGACAGCUGCUGGAGAAGGUGCAGAACAUGUCUCAGUCCAUUGAAGUUCUGAACUUACGGACACAGCGAGAUUUUCAGUAUGUCAUGAAAAUGGAAAAUCAAAUGAAAGGAUUACGGACCAAGUUCGGGCAGAUCGAAGAGGACAGGAAAACAAUAAUGGCUAGAAAUUUUAAGGAGCUGAAGGACCGUAUGGAUGAACUACAGCCAUUGAUUCCUGUGUUAGAGCAGUACAAAACAGAUGCCAAGCUGAUCUCUCAGUUCAAAGAGGAAAUCAGGAAUCUGUCUGCUGUGCUGACAGGUAUCCAGGAGGAACUGGGAGCUUACGAUUACGAGCAGCUAUACCAAAGAGUUCUCAGCCUGGACAGCCGUCUACGCAACUGCAUGAGCAAACUCACAUGUGGGAAAUUAAUGAAAAUCACAGGCCCUGUGACUAUAAAGACAUCUGGGACUCGGUUUGGCGCAUGGAUGACUGACCCACUAGCAUCUUCGAGAAACAAUAGGGUUUGGUAUAUGGACACAUACACCAACAGCAAAGUGGUACGAGAGUACAAAAAUAUUGCAGACUUUGUCUCUGGCUUGGAAUCGCGAACCUAUUACCUUCCCUUUAAAUGGGCUGGAACCAACCAUGUGGUGUACAACGGCUCCUUGUACUACAAUAAGGAACAGAGUAACAUCAUCGUCAAAUACAGCUUUGAGACUGGACGGGUUCUUGCUCAGCGUGCUCUGGAAUAUGCCGGAUUCCACAACGUCUACCCCUACACUUGGGGGGGCUUCUCAGACAUUGAUCUAAUGGCUGAUGAGCUGGGUUUGUGGGCCGUAUACGCCACCAAUCAGAAUGCGGGAAACAUUGUCAUUUCUCAGUUAGAACCUCAGACAUUGGAAGUUCUCCAGACGUGGAACACGGAAUACUCGAAAAGGAAUGCAGGCGAGUCAUUCAUGAUCUGUGGAACCCUCUACAUUACCAAUUCCCACCUGACUGGGGCCAAGGUGUAUUAUUCGUACAACACAAAGACCUCCACUUAUGAGUACACAGAUAUCCCAUUCCACAACCAAUUCUUUCACAUCUCCAUGCUCGAUUACAACGCUCGAGAAAGGGCACUGUACGCCUGGAACAAUGGACACCAAGUCAUAUUCAAUGUCACGCUUUUCCACGUCAUCAAAACCGAAGAUGAUUCAUAAUGGACUUUAGGAUAAGCAAAGAAGGAAGGACAAUGCAGUUUAAAUUUAUGCUGUUUUUUCUACUUAUUCAUGUUUUUUUUUCCCCCAAAGCAAAUGAGAAAAAUGU